AAGGACAUACUGCGCUCGAAAAUCCAACGUGCUGGUGUUGACACUACUCCCGAAGAUCUUCAGGCGUGGAAGGAUGAAGUGGAAUUACUAGACAGAAAAAUUAAACAUGCACGUGAGGGACAGGUGGAUUCGGCGCAGGUCGACCUAGUGGACUAUUCAUGUGUGGAUUGGCUAAAAAUCUCAACGGUUGAGUUCAAAGGGACACGCUCCGCGGCCACGCUUCGUUAUAAGUGGUUAAAUGAACAGUGCCCCCGAUGGAACAGCGGUCCAUGGACAAAGGAGGAACUGGGAAAGCUAAAGGAGCUCAGAGAAGAUCCAUCAUUCACAUCAUGGGCUGUUGUUGCCAAGAAAUUACAAACACAGCGAUCUCCUUAUCAAUGUUUCGAAAGGUACAGAAGCGACAUGUAUCGAGCGGCAAAGGAUUGGACCAAGGAAGAAGAUGACCGUCUCAUUGCUUUGGUGAAAGUGAUGACCGUCAAUGGAGUAGUUCAGUGGGACAAAGUGACCUUUUAUAUGCCUGGACGCCACCGUCAGCAAGUUCGGACGAGAUAUCUGCGCACAUUGGAUGAGAAUGUCCGUCACGGACGUUGGACAGAUCACGAAGAU